UUAACCCUAAAAAAUACUAAUUGUCCAGGUCAAUCCAGCGUAGACUUUUGAGAAGUUGACCUUAGCCCUAAAAUUGACAAUAAAAAAGAUGACAGGUAUUUGGCGGUUCUUUUAUAAUACUUGGAGUGGACUGCAAGAGUAUUACAGGUAUAAAAUAAACCAUAAAUUUUACGUACAUUGGUAUCACUAACCAGGAUUAAGCCAAAAUUAGUUAAUUCCAUGGAGAAAUUAGAAGCUAAUUCCGAUCAAACUCCCAUUGAAGAAGACCCUGAUUUCAAGUUUUGGCCAUGUGAAGACACAAAUUUCAAAUGUGAAACUGCAAAAGCUGAGAAGAUUAUUAGAGAUAUGGAUCGAAAACAAGCUGAACUUCACAAAGAGACACAGAAAAUAAAGAUUGAAGAUUUAGGCAGUGUAUACACAAGAUUAUAUUCCGCAAUGUGUAAGGAUUGGUACACAAAGCAAGCUAUGGAUAGGGCACUGAAGUGUGAAGUGGAACCUCUAAAACAAGCUUUAGACAAGAUUUGUUUUAGAAACAAAUCACACUUAUUUGAAAAAGAAGGAGCAGAAGUUAAUUAUAGGAACAUAGAUUUCAAGAUACGACAUGGAAACAAGAGUAUGGCCGCAGAGAAUCGCCUUCUGAAGGAGAUCAACAAAAUUGGAAGCCAAGAAAGAGAAGUCACUAAUAGUAAUAAGCAGAUAUUUUCUUUAGGAUCAAAACAAGAAAUACAAGAGAAGAUCAAUCAUUAUGAAUUGAAAAUUGAGCAAUCAAGAAACGAGCGCUUGAAAAAUAGCUAUUGCAUUAAGAAUUUGAAGAAAAAACUUAAGGCCAUAGAAAUACAAAUUCUUGCUUUAGAAUCUCACAUGGAACAAGAAAAGCGACGAAGGGAACAAGUCCGUAAUCUCCAACGUUUACUUAUACAUCAACAUGAAGAGAAGGACCGCUGUUGUUUCCGACAUUUUGCAGCCUUGAACAAUGCUAUAGAAAUUGUCCAGAAGAAAGAUGUAACCGGUAGUCCGAUAUGAUAGAAAACAGAUAUGGAAUUAAUACUACAAAAAAAGAUUGUACCACCUAAUUUAUUCGUUCCGUCGUGUUUAGGAUUCUUUUAUACAGUUCCGGUGAGAUACGGGUCAAAAUUCUAGUUGAUAAACAACGAUAUAAAUUUUUCGCCAUCAAAAAGAGACUGUGUAUUGGUCCAAUGGACACUAUAACAACUUUUUUUUGUGUGUGUAAUAAAACUCAAAAUCGACCGACAAUGUUGUUGUAACCUGUGGCAUAUUGAAUAGUUUCACAUUGUAUAUUGACAUUUGCAAGGAGCGGAACUAGCUUUUGUGCAA